AUGGAGUCGACAAACUCAGCGCCUGCGCUCUUAGAAAAUCCCAGGAGUGCGACUCUCAAGCGGCAAAGGAAAUGGCAUCCGCGCGGCUUCACCGGAUGCCUCAACUGCCGCCAGAGGCACGUCAAAUGCGACGAGCAGACGCCCUCGUGCGCCAACUGCACGCGACUGCAUAAAAAAUGCGCUUUUAGCCUCACUUUCGUUCCCCUAUCCGUCAACAACCCAUCGUCGGGUCAUUCCAAGGAUUCCGCGAUUUCACUAAAACGCCGGCAUACGGAACCCGUUAUCGAAGCUGAUGAGGAGGCGGCUGAUGACACGGGCAACUAUUUCCAAUGGCAUCCCACGUCGUCCGAUCAACUGGCUCUUCAGCUGCCAUUGGAUCGUCAAAUAGUCCCGGCCUCGCGUAGCAGGGACAGCCCGCCACUUUUCCAGCUCUACCUACCAGCUCAAUUUCAGUCGCAGAAUGACAUGUAUUAUCAACACUACCUCAUGACCGUUUCCACACUCCUCAUUAUCUUUGAUACCACCUCCGACUCGAACCCUUAUCGGACGCUGCUUGGCCACGUCGGCAGUGAGCACUCCGACAUCCUUCAGGGCACCAUGGAAGCCCUCGGCGCCAUGCACCUGUCCCAACUCCCUCAGGCCCAGAACCGCUCACACCAUCGCAAAGCAGCCGUCAGCAUGUACACCCACAUCGUCACCCAGCUUAGGCGUGCCCUUGCGGCGGAAGCUGCCCAGCCUGCUAGCCUUGAGUUGUUUGCGGUUUGUCUACUCCUCUGCAUGUUUGAACAAAUGUCCGCCACCGACGCUUCCUGGAAGGCUCAUCUACGGGGAGCUGCGUCGAUCCUGCGAUCCAUGUACUCUCCCGGUCCAGCGACGGCUGAUCAAAAUGCAGGCACUUCACUAACCCUGUCCAGCGAGUCUCUUCCUAUACGCCGCUUUUUAGUGUCACUUUUGUCAUACCUCGACGUCGCUGCUUCCUGUGCCACUGGCGAGGAGCCCCUCCUCCCAGGCGACUACUGGGAAUCCUUGGGCGGCGGAUGGCAAUAUAACUUGGGGGUCCCAGACUCUACCACCGAGCUUGAUACAGAGAAACGCAUCCUUGCCCAGGUGCGAAGCGCAUGGUCCCGAGUCAUGUCCAUACAAACAGAAAUUGGCAUCUUCGCCAAGUUGCGCCGGACCGGUCUUUGUCCUCUGCAGAGAGAUACGAUGUACAACGAUCUGGUACAAAGGCUCCGAAACUGGCAUGACAGUGUCCCCGAUGCAUUCUUACAAUUGGUGAACCUCGAUGGUAUCCCUGAAGGCGCGUCCGACGACCAAGUUAAGACUUUGACAAUCACCUCCUGCGUCCAAAGCUACGCCUUGGCGUGUGAUGUCUAUCUCGAAAGGGCUGCCACCAGAAGGAACAGAAGUGCGGAUCCCAAUGAUGCGAUCCAUUCUGUCGUGGAUAGGAUAUUGACCCUGGCGCUAAAUUUCUCGCGCGGUCUGAACCAACUGGCAGUGGUAUGGCCCAUUCUGACUGCGGGCAUUGCCACGAUUGACCCCGACAAGCAAGAUCGGUGCCGCAUGAAAUUGAACGGCAUGAGGUGCUUUGGUUUCAAGGCUGGAAGCCAUGUUAUCGUCAAAUUUGGUCCCAUAACAGACCGAAUCUGCUGA